AUGAAAACACCACCUAAUUCAGAGGAUGAGCUGAUUGGAGAAGAAAGUUCAGAGGAAGUAUUUUCGGUAUUUAGACAGGGUGCUAGGUUCAGGGAAUUGCAUUUAGAAGUCGGAAUGAAGUUCAAUACUAAGUGGGAGUUCAAGGUGGCAGUGUGGGAGUUCACUAUACAAGAAGGGAGACGGAUGAGGUUAAGGAAGAACGAAGGGAAAAUGGUAAGGGCAGUAUGUAAGGUGAAUGAUUGCAAGUGGUUUGUGUACGCAUCAAGGGACUAUGAAGACAAUUGCUGGCAAGUGAAGAGAUUCUUCAAUGAUCACACCUGUCCAAGAGAGGAUAGGAACAGGACAGCAAAUAGAAAUUGGGUUGCAGGUAAGUUAGUAAAAAAACUACAGAAAUAUCCCGAUUUCAAGAACUGUGAGGCUACAACAUAUUUCAAGACGAAAUACGACUUGUCGCUCAAUAGGAACUCUAUAUCAUGGGUACUGUGUGAUGCUAGGAAUAUAGUUUAUGGGGAUGCGAAGGAGCAAUAUGCCUUGCUUAGGGACUAUGGUGAAACACUGUUGAAAACCAACCCGGGAUCCACUGUUCAGAUUUGCACAAAGCCACAGCCUAGUGGUGAGGUCAUAUUUGAAAGGAUGUAUGUUUGCUUGAGUGGGUGCAAGUCAGGUUUCAGGGCUGGCUGUCGUCCGUUAAUUGGACUUGAUGGGGCUUUUCCAAAAAACUAUUUUCGGGGGAAAAUUCUAUCGGCUGUUGGACAAGAUGCUAAUCAUCAUAUAUACAUUAUUGCCUGGGCAGUUGUGGAAGUGGAGAACUUUGAGAAUUGGAAGUGA